AAAAAAAUCCCCGGCUGGCAAAAUGCAAUACUUAGCAGCUGUGCUAUUACUAAUUGUUAGUACAUUGACGUUGAGUUGGACCAAAACAAUUGACACUCAUCCCCAUUUAAGACCGAUUAAAAUAAACAAAUCCCACACAAACCCCAAUGAAUUGGAGCCGGAUUAUUGGUUCGACAAUGCCCAGCAAUAUCUGCGGGAAAAACUUCAACGUCAAAACAAUUUGAAUAAUAAAAAAGCCAAAAAUAUUAUUUUAUUCUUGGGUGAUGGCAUGUCUAUACACACUGUGACAGCAGCUCGCUCUUACAUUAGAGAUGCCUCGGAACAACUGGCCUUUGAAAAGUUCCCCUAUGUGGGUUUAUCGAAAACUUUCUGUGUAGAUAAGCAGGUACCCGAUUCGGCUUCCACUGCUACAGGCUAUUUGUCAGGGGUCAAGGGUAACUAUGGUACUAUUGGUGUAAAUGGCCAAGUUACGCGAUUCGAUUGCGAAUUGGGUCAGGAUGAAUCACUGCACACACAAAGUAUAGCCAAAUGGGCACAAGAUGCUGGCAAAUGGACUGGCUUGGUUACCACUGCCCGGGUAACUCAUGCUUCGCCCGCGGGUGUUUAUGCUCACACAGCCAAUCGUGAGUGGGAAAAUGAUGCCAAGAUUUUCAAUGACAGUUGUGAUCCUAUAAAAAAUGUGGAUAUAGCACGCCAGCUGGUGGAGUGGUCAGUGGGUCAGGAAUUGCGUGUGAUAAUGGGUGGUGGCAGAAGAAAUUUCCUUAACGAAACUGUUAAUGAUGAAACCGAUUUGCCAGGCCAAAGAAGUGAUGGCAGAAACUUAAUAGAAGAAUGGCAAUUGCUUAAACAGCAACAAAAUAAAAGAGCAGCUUAUGUUUCUAAUAAAAAUGAUUUAAAUGAAUUGGAUUUGGCUAAUACUGAUUAUUUAAUGGGCUUAUUUACCUCCUCGCACUGUCCCUAUCAUGGGGAUUUGGAAAGGGAGAAUUUAAAGGAAACCGUGCCCUCCUUAAGUGAAAUGACCGAAAAGGCUUUGGAAUUAUUGCAGCGCAGUGAAGAGGGUUAUUUUUUGUUUGUGGAAGGAGCUAAAAUCGAUAUGGCUCAUCAUGAUACCAGGGCUAGGCGCAGUCUGGAGGAGACUGAGGAAUUUAAUAAGGCUGUGGAGGUGGCUUUGAAAAUGACUUCGGAGGAUGAAACGCUAAUAGUGGUUACCUCGGAUCAUUCACAUACCAUGACAAUUAAUGGUUAUGCGUCCCGUCAAUCAGAUAUUUUGGGUUUAAGUGAUGAGAUGGCUGACGAUGGUUUGCCCUACACCAUUUUGUCAUAUGCCAAUGGCCCAGGUUAUGAUAAAACUUUCUCCGCUAAAAAGGGCCGCAAAGAUUUAUCCGAUAAAGAUUUCACCGAUCCCAAACGUAAGUAUAUGGCCACAGUACCUUUGGAAUCCGAAACUCAUGGCUCAGAUGAUGUGGGCAUAUUUGCCUUGGGACCAUUUGCCCAUUACUUUAGCGGGAAUUAUGUACAAACCAAUUUGCCCAUGCUAAUGGCAAGGGCAGCACAAAUUGGACCAUUUGCUUAAAGAAACUUUACAAAUAUGAUUGUAGUGUAAGAUAUUAAAUGAAAUGUUCAAAUUAAUGUGAUAUUUAAAUAUAAAAAAUAAUAAUUUAAUAAAUUAAUAUAUAGAGCCUUAA